AUGCGUGAAAUUGUUCAUAUUCAAGCUGGGCAGUGUGGUAAUCAGAUUGGUGCCAAGUUCUGGGAAGUGAUAUCUGAUGAACACGGUAUAGAACCAACAGGUAUCUAUAAUGGCGAUUCGGAUCUUCAACUUGAAAGAAUCAAUGUCUACUACAAUGAAGCGAGUGGAGGAAAAUAUGUUCCUCGAGCGUGUCUUGUGGAUCUGGAACCUGGAACGAUGGAUUCAGUACGGGCUGGUCCAUUUGGUCAACUAUUUCGUCCAGAUAACUUUGUUUUCGGUCAAUCUGGUGCUGGAAAUAACUGGGCAAAAGGUCACUACACAGAAGGAGCCGAAUUAGUGGACAACGUUCUUGAUGUCGUUAGAAAAGAAGCCGAGAACUGCGACUGUCUACAGGGGUUCCAAAUGACGCAUUCACUUGGAGGUGGCACUGGUUCUGGAAUGGGAACACUACUGAUCUCAAAGAUUCGUGAAGAAUAUCCGGAUCGUAUAAUGAAUACAUUUUCUGUUGUUCCCAGUCCCAAAGUCUCGGAUACGGUAGUUGAACCAUAUAAUGCAACACUGUCAGUUCACCAGCUCGUUGAAAAUACAGACGAAACCUUCUGCAUUGACAAUGAGGCGCUUUAUGAUAUCUGCUUUCGUACGUUGAAACUUUCCACACCAACUUACGGCGAUUUGAAUCAUUUGGUUUCGAUGACGAUGAGUGGCGUGACAACAUGCUUAAGAUUUCCGGGACAGCUUAAUGCUGAUUUACGUAAAUUGGCGGUGAAUAUGGUACCUUUCCCACGACUGCAUUUCUUCAUGCCCGGUUUUGCGCCACUCACAUCACGUGGCUCACAGCAGUACAGAUCAUUGACGGUACCAGAACUAACGCAGCAAAUGUUUGAUGCGAAGAAUAUGAUGGCAGCAUGUGAUCCACGACACGGAAGAUAUCUUACUGUAGCGGCAAUGUUCAGAGGUAGAAUGAGUAUGAAGGAAGUCGACGAGCAAAUGCUAAAUGUCCAGAAUAAGAAUUCUUCGUAUUUCGUGGAGUGGAUCCCGAACAACGUGAAGACAGCAGUAUGUGAUAUUCCUCCAAGAGGAGUCAAGAUGGCUGCAACUUUCGUUGGUAAUUCUACUGCUAUUCAAGAACUCUUCAAGAGAAUAUCUGAGCAAUUCACUGCGAUGUUUCGUCGUAAAGCCUUCCUUCAUUGGUAUACUGGUGAAGGUAUGGAUGAAAUGGAAUUCACCGAAGCCGAGUCAAACAUGAAUGAUCUUGUAUCUGAAUACCAGCAAUAUCAGGAAGCAACCGCUGACGACGAAGGUGAAUUCGAUGACCAGGAGCACGAUGUCGAGGAAUGA